AAGCAAUCGACCAUCAACCAUCUUAUCACGAUUCUCGAUCAUCCAUUCUCGAUUCUCGAUUCUCAAUGCCAUCGAUUCCUAAACUAUUCUCAUUGGGACAUCAAAUCAAUCGUAGAAAACCUUUUCAAAUAAUCAUGAAAUCUUAUAGAUUAUCAAACCUUUUGAAUUUAUUGAAUCUUAAUCAAAAUCAAAUCUCUCUUCCUCAAGAACGUAGAUUACCUAUUAGGAUACGUCCUGUCUUUUUACUUCUUACUUUAUUUACUAUUAUUAUCUUGACUUUGGUUGGGUUUAAUCCAGCUUUAAAUGCUUGGGUUUUAUUUCCUAAAAAACUUUUCCAUUUUAUUUCAUUUACGAUUGUCACUGGAUUGUUUUAUUCGAUUUUAGAUGUUGAUCAAUCUUCUCAAUUGAUUUGGUAUUGGAAACAUUUUAAUUCGAUUUGUACUACUACCAUUUGUUUUUUGUUAGGUGGGAUUGGGUCUGAACUUAUUCAAGUUUUCUUACCAUGGAAAGUCUUUUCUUGGGGAGACUUAUUAGCAAAUGAAGCAGGUUGUUUAGUAGGAUACCAUUUAUCUAGAUCUCUACAUAAACAAUACCAACACAAACGUGAAUUAGCAUCUCUUUAUCAACCAUUAGUAAAUGAAAGUGGAAUGUUAGAUGAAGAUGAAGAAGAAGAUGAAGAAGAUCCAGGUGAUCUGGCUAAAUCUGGUUUCGGAUCUCAUCCUGGUCUUGGAAAUGUUUGGUCAGAUAAUUUGGAUGAGAGUCAUGAAUAUUUUAGGUUUGAGGAUGAUGAUGAUGAUCGACAUUGAUUAAGUUUGUGUCUCUGUUGUUAUUGGGACUUGCUAAAAAAUGCUGAUUUCCAGUUUGGAAUAUCAUCUAUGAAGAAUGAAGUCUUUACUUUCGAUUCGAUCAUUCCAACGAUUCAUCAACUUAUCAAGCUUUACUGUGAUAAAGGACGCUGAAGAAAGUACUUGAUCGGAAACACUGAACAGAUUUCAGUAUCCCUCUUCGCUUUGUAAAUAUCUAGCUUCUCUCGUACAAACAGAAGCUUUAGCUUCUAUUGUACAGAUCUUUAAUUGAAGUAUGGACCUACAUAGAUCCUCCAAUCUAUCAAAACAUUUUUCUUUGAAUUAUCUUUCUAGUGUUGUAAAUUGUUUAUAAUGGAUCAAAACAAAUGGUUUCUAGAACU